AUGUCUCUCUUCUCCACACUUGACAUCCCACCCUCUCCAGCCAUUAGUCCCACCACUUCAUCAUCAUCAUCUUCUUCUUCUUCUUCUUCUUCUUCAUGCCAACAUCAAGAGGAAUCCAUCAAUUUCGAUUUCAAUGUCAUGGUCUUUGUGGGGGCGAUGUUAUGCGCCUUGAUCUGUGCUCUGGGUCUAAACUCCAUGCUCCAAUGUGUCCUCAGCUGCACAGCCCGUUCCUUGGCUCGUCGUCGUGAUCCCGGCCUGAAGAAGAAGGAAGUGGUAGCUCUCCCUACUUCUACUUACACCGUGGGUGGUGGAGAUUCUUCCUCUGCUUCAGGUUGUGCCAUUUGCCUUGCAGAAUUCCUGGAAGGGGACAGCAUAAGACUCCUUCCUCAAUGUAACCAUCGCUUCCAUGUAGGCUGCAUCGACAGGUGGCUUCUAGCUCACUCCUCUUGCCCUACUUGCAGACACAGGCUCAACAAGUCUAUGCCUUCUCUUGAUCAGAUCGUUUCUUCUGCCUAG